GCAUAUUAUCCUGGAGGUUUUGUGCUCCAGGGUCACAAAUAGCUUUGUCAUCGGUGACUCAUGAAAGUCGGGCAAAAUUUCAGAAGCCGAUCGGUCGCAGUGCCACAUCAGCUUUUAGUUGACCAGCAAACUGAUAUUUAUUUAAAUGAAUGAAUGAAUAUUCAUCUAUUUACUUAUUUCAUGCAUGAGAUUUAAUGGUUAUGCUACAUAUAAGUGCAAAUGUUUGGGUAAAUAAUCACUGCUGUGUGCAAACAUUUUCACACACUAACAGUUAGUCAAAAGAUACUCUUUUCUGAUUGGGUUAUGAAUCUUUGGCUUAGUUUGCUGUUGUUUUAUGUAUUGUAGAUUAGUUUUCUAGACUCUUGUUGUUUAAAGACGAAAACCAAAGCAGCUUCAUCAGUUCAUGACCUUCAUCGCAAAAUAACUUGAAUGAACUAAUUCUUAACUGAACACAAAGACAGAAAUUAAUGAAGAGAGAGAGAGAAGAAAGAUUCAUUAGUGAAGGUGUUUCAUCACUUAUAAAGCAGCAUUAUCAGUUGAUGAUGGCCACUGACCCAAAUGAGCCCUUAAAUAUGCUACUAAUGACUGAACAAAAAGAGCCCUUAAAUAUGCUACUAAUGACUGAACAAAAAGAGCCAUUAAAUAUGAUACUUAUAACUGAACAAAAAGAGCCAUUAAAUAUGCUACUAAUAACUGAACAAAAAGAGCCCUUAAAUAUGCUACUAAUAACUGAACAAAAAGAGCCCUUAAAUAUGCUACUAAUAACUGAACAAAAAGCUUUAGACAAGAAUGAAGAGACAGAUGAGAGAGAUUGAUUGGCAGUGAGAGAAAGAGGAGGAGAGAGAAGAGAAGAAGAGGACUGAUGCUGAUUCUCUCAGUGGAUGCUGCAGCUCUCUGGAGAAGAAACACCCUCCGUUAGUGAACUAAAACUGAAUCCAUCGUCUGGAAGAUCAUCCAGCUUCACGGAUUUUUGUUGAGAUGGCUAAAAUGGGAAUAUCUUGAGAAACACCAGGAUGGAUAACAGCACCUCAACAUAUCCUGACAGAAACUCCAGCAUCGGUCAGACUCUGGCCACAAUGCCGGAGAACUCGCUGGAGGUUCAGGCGGUCACCAUCUCUCUGUCGCUUCUCAUCUGUGGCGUGGGAAUUGCGGGGAACGUCAUGGUGGUUCUGGUGGUGAUCCGUAGCAAACACAUGAUGACCGCGACCAACUGUUACCUGGUGAGUUUAGCCAUGGCUGAUCUGACCGUGCUUUUGGCCGCCGGUUUACCAAACAUCUCCGAGGUCAUGGCUUCGUGGAUCUAUGGCUACGCCGGCUGUGUUUGCAUCACGUACCUGCAGUACCUGGGCAUCAACGUCUCAUCCUGCUCCAUCACGGCCUUCACCAUCGAGCGCUACAUCGCCAUCUGCCACUCCAUCAAAGCCCAGUUCAUCUGCACCGUAUCGAGAGCCAAGAAGAUCAUCGCCUGCGUCUGGAUCUUCACCUCUCUCUACUGCAUCAUGUGGUUCUUCCUGGUGGACACCAAUGAGACGGUUUAUUCUAACGGCGUCGUGGUCCGCUGCGGCUAUCGGGUGUCCAGGAACCUCUAUAUGCCUAUCUACUUCCUGGACUUCACGCUGUUUUAUGUGGUUCCUCUCGUCGUGGCUUUGGUUCUGUACGGUCUGAUCGCCAGGAUCUUGUUUCAAGACCCGCUGCCAACGAGUCUGUCCGAGCAGAAACUGUCCGUCCAUCAGAGCCGACGGCACAGCUCUGUGAAAGUGUCCUGCAGAGCAAACAGCGCAGCGUCAUCCAGAAAACAGGUCACAAAGAUGCUGGUGGUGGUGGUGGUUCUGUUCGCUCUCCUCUGGAUGCCGUAUAGGACUCUAGUAGUUGUGAAUUCUUUCAUGGAUCCGCCGUAUCUCAACACCUGGUUCCUGCUCUUCUGUCGCAUGUGCAUUUACACCAACAGCGCCGUCAACCCCAUCAUCUACAACGCCAUGUCGCAGAAGUUUCGCGCUGCUUUUAAGAGGCUCUGUGUCUGUAAACGCAGGUCAGAUCAGAGCCGAGCGAGCAAAAGCACUGUAAGUGUUUAUUACAGUGUCAUAAAAGACUUCUCCAGUGAAAGCGGUAUGAAGAAACACGGCAGUGUGAAAACAGACACACUUAGCCCUGCUUGAUCUGAGCACAUUAAAGGAAUAGUUCAGCCAGAAAUUAAAAUGUGCUCACCCUCGGGCCAUUAAAGACAUAGAUAAGUUUGUUUCUUCAUUGGAACAGAUCUGGGGAAAAUGUAG